GUCAAGAAAACUAACUCAGCAAAUUAUUUUGAGCAAUAUUUACAUUUUCUCUAGCAAGGGCAGCUCCCAGUUGCACUAACAGAAACAGUGUGUAGGUACUGCAAAACCAAAAGGAAAUAAAUCAAGACAAAUACUAGUAGAAACAACAACAACAAAUCCUCCUCUGUUUUGCCAUGUUUUCGCCGAUAUAAUACUCAACACGUGAUUUUGCUUAGUGGCCCAAAUCCAUUGACAGAGACAUCCCCAAUCACAUCGAGUAUAAAAAACGGGAGCACGCUUAUCACGUCCUCCACCAACCCAACCCAACCCAAUCACCAUCGUGGACCACAGACCAGCGGAGCCAAUUAAACUGUUCGAUCCUCCCGUAUUGUGCAUCAAAAUUUGCUGCUUGCUUGCUCCCUGUCCAUGCCAGCCACGGCCAUGGAGCUCUCCCGCCUGCCGCUAGUCCUGCUGUUCUGCUUGCUGGCGGGAUCGUCGACGACGGCCCUGCCAGCGCUGCCUGGGAUGGACAGGGUGAGGCAGCAGGUCGACAGGGCGAACAGGCGCGGCCCGUCCAUCGGGCUCGUCAUGUCGUACGUCGCCGAGGACACCGCGCUCCAGGCCUCCGGCUACUUCCGGCCCUGGCGUGUCCAGCCCUUCGUUGACCUCUACGGACGGAGGUUUCACAUCGGGAGUAUUCGAGGUGUGAAUGUUAUAUACGCAUUGACAGGGCAACGCAGGUUGAAUGCAGCUGUCACUGUACAAACUCUCCUCGACGUCUUCACCGUGUCUGGUAUUGUCCAUUAUGGCACGGCAGGAAGCUCUAAUGAUUCAAUGUCAUUUGGAGAUGUCAGUGUCCCCAAGUUAGUUGCUUAUACAGGCGCCUGGACAUGGAAGAAGUACAAAUCACUUAAAGAAGCAUCAACAGAACUAAGCUUUGGACAAUUUAAUGUCCCGGAUGAAGGAGAGAACCUGCUAGGGUCUCUGAAAUACAGAAAUGAGGAGCUAUACUCAGUUGGUAAGCCUAUGGAAGAAGUUUUUUGGUUACCUGUAGAUUCAGCAUGGUUCAAGAUAGCAGAAGGACUUAAGGUCACCCUUGAAAGGUGUAAUGACACUUUCUGCUUACCAAAAACCCCACAAGUGGUUCAUGGGCUAAAAGGAGCAUCCGCCGACAUGUUUCUAGACAAUGCAGAAUACCGGAAGUUCCUUUUCAGAGAAUUUGCGGUGUCAACAAUAGAUGAGGAAAGCGCAGCAGUGGUGAUGACAACAACAUCUCCUGGCGUACCUGUGAUUGUGUUCCGGGGAGUAUCUGAUCUGGCUGGAGGGGAACCAACAUGGUCAUCAACAAGCCUGAUGAACCUGGCAUCUAUUAAUGCACUCAAAGUGGCAGUGGAGUUCAUUGCUACAAUUGGCAGGCAGAUGUCAACACCAUCAGCACAAAGUUCAAAAAACUGAGACAAAAGAGAGCUGCCAUGUCCAUGGAGCAGAACUGUAGAAUAGUUUAAACAGCAAUUGGAAACUAAAUUCAGAGUGAGAGUUAUCCUUAGUUUCGAAGUACACAAAACUUUCAACAGAAGAAUUAAGUAUCCAAUGUAUACUCAAUUGUAAAGAUGCACAUGUCAAUCCAUUUUUAAAGGGAUUUUGGGAUAAUGUGGGAACAAAAUGGUGAAUAAAAGACAGAAUGUUUACAGUC